AUGGCUGCAGUCACACGCAUUGCAGGCCUAUCAGGUCGACGAUACAUCAUUGAACGAGUCUUGCAAGACAAACCAGGACCGCUAGGACGUAUAUACCUUGCUUCGUGGCAAUACGUCCUGAAGAGCGUGUCAAAGAAUGACUUCAAACCUUUCCAAGAUAUGUUCAAUGAUCUUCGAAAGUGCCCCUACGUCCGAGUGGCCGACGACGCACUUCCUGAUCAAUCGAUGUUUGCCUACAGAUACUUCAAGGGCCAUCUGCUUUCUUUCGCGCAGAGAGAUGUGUCUCUCCCUCUGACGAAGAAGGUGCUAAAGGACUCUCUGCGAGGUAUUGCGGCGUUACACGACAAAGGUAUCGUGCAUACGGACAUCAAGGCCGAUAAUAUCAUGGUGGAUUGGAAUGAGACAGGUGGCUCCACUACCGUUACCCAGGUCCAGAUUGCCGACAUUGAGGAUGCUGCGUAUGUUCCUAACGACUGCGCCAUCGUGGGAAGGCAGGUUGGGAAUUGGAUGUGGCGGAGUCCCGAGGCUCACGCGUCCGGUCAGGUUUCCAAGCCAUCUGACGUCUUCUCUUUUGGGAUUGUCUGCAUAUAUGCUCUCACCAGACGUGUCAUCUUGGCUGUCGGCGAUGAAGAACUCCAAGAUGGAGAGGACAAGCUGGCUAUCGUUCUCGAACGGCAGCUGUCCUACUUCUCUGAUAUAGACAGUUUGUAUGGCCUGCUCCAGCAUCUCGGAGACAGCCCUUGGGUGCAGAUCUUCACAGUGAUCGCAGAGGGUUUCAACGCAGAGUUUCCUCGGGCGCCGUUCGCGUUGUGGAAAGAUGUCGAUCCGGAGUUCAAGGACCUAGUUGGAAAGAUGACGAGCGUUGACCCGAAGAGGCGGAUCACAGCCCAGGAAGCUUUGGCGCAUCGAUGGUUUGCGGAUGUAGCGUGAAUACCACAUUGCAUCGGCACAGCGCGGUUGUAUGCCUCCGCUUCUCGUCAACGCUAGUUCUUAGAAUAAACAUACUACGCCUCAGACUCAUCAAGAUUACAAACUACGCCUUUGUCAGAG